CUCCACAGUGAGGUAAACUGACUCACCCAAACUGUCAGAAAUUCAUGAGUGUAAACACAAACCGUGAUUGCGUCCAGUUUUUACAGAAGUCAUAUAUCUGAAUUCCUAGUUGUGAUGCUCCUCCCAUGCUAACGUACACUCUUUUUUGAAGUCAGUCACUUCAGAUGUUUUUCUUUUCUGUGCUUGAGAGUUCUGUUUUUCUCAGCUUCCACAAAAGGGAAGUGAGUUUUGCUGAAGCAGGUUUUCUAGCUCAGUGGUUAGAUGUAUAGCAGACUCGAGUGGACAGAGAGGGAAUCAUGAACGCUACGGCUUAUUUUCCGGAGGAUGAGGAGACCGAGCUAGGCUUGGUGGGGGCCUCUGUGAUCCUGGGGGUGUGUUUCCUGGUGGGCACACCUGGGAACCUGCUGGUGGUGUGGACCAUCUUGAAGCAUGUGAAGCAGCGUUCACAUACGGUGCGUCUCAUCCUCCACCUGGCAGUCGCAGAUCUUCUGGUGCUGGUCACUCUGCCGCUGUGGAUCUACUCGCUGGCCCGUUCCUGGGUGUUUGGAGAGGCUGCCUGCAAAGCCAUGGUGUACAUCAUCAAUGCCUGUAUGUACAGCAGCGUCUUCAUCAUCACUGUCAUGAGUGUGGAGCGCUUCCUAGCCAUCAGAUACCCCUUAAAGAUGCUGUACUGGCAAAAUAGGAUGUCCAUGUCCAGAAUUGUGACAGUGACCUGGACCCUGUCAUUCAUUUUGGGGAUUCCCGUCAUCCUAACCCAGAAUAUCGAUAAAGAUGGUGAUGGAGUGAAACAUUGCUUCUCCCGGGAGUACAGCUCUAUGUUCUUUGAAGUCUUUUGUAUGUGUUUGGAGACUCUGCUUGGCUUCGUUAUUCCAUUUCUCACACUUGCGAUCUGCUACUGUCAGGUUGCCGUACAGCUCAGAAAGGUGCGCUUUAGGACCAAGAAAACAGCCUUUCUCAUUUGUGGAGUGGUCGUGGCCUUCAUUGUGUGUUGGUUACCUCACCACAUCCUCAAUGUCGUAGAGAUUGUGGUUCUUCUAGUAGGACAAUCAGAUGAAUGGUCUCCUAUCCCAAAUAGUGUUGUCUUCAUUUCUGGAGCUCUGGCAUUUAUCAGUAGCUCAGUAAACCCUGUGCUGUAUGCAUUUGCGGCUAAAAACUUACAUGGAAGUCUGAAGAAGUCUGGGAUAGUGAAGCUGUUUCAGGACUUAACAACACAAACACAGCAAGGCUUCUCACAGGAUUCUGGACUGCAGGACGGAAAGAUCCUUGAAGACCUCAAUGGUGGUGAACAAGAGGGAUCUCACAGAUCUCUGAGUAACUGUUAGACUUAUUAGAAAUGUUGAUAUUUUCUUAAUGGUCAACUUUAUUUAAAAAUCAUAAUAUUUCUGUUUGUUAUUAGUCAAAAAUGUUUAAAUGACAUGAUAUUCGUCUGUUUUUAUGGUCAAAAAUUUAAAUUACAUAACACUUUGAUUUUUAAUUGGUGAUACUUGUUUAAAUUCCACAAUAUCUCAAAUAUUUGUGAUCAAAGUUGUUUAAAUGCCAUUACAUUUACAUUUUUUUAGUCAAAGUUGUUUAAAUGCCAUUAUAGGUGAUUUUUUUAAUUGUUAAAGUUGUUUAAAUGUCAUAAUUCUUAAUACAGAGGAGAAAAUUGGUUUAAAAAUA